GGAGCGGCGGGCCGGGAAGGAGUUGCAACCAACUUGCCCUCUCUUUGGCCUUGCGUUUCCCUGGAGACUUUUCUUUUUCGAAAGGCCCUUGGUAAUUGCUGCUAAUUGCUAUUAAUACUCCUGGAAGUGAAGUGCGGUUGAGGAGAGGAACACAUCGCCUCCUAAACAGGGGAGGACCCGAACGGGGUUAUUUCCCCCCCCCCCCCCCUUUAUUUAAAAGGCAGGCUACAAAUUUUCCUGCAAAACCUUAAGAAUGUCGGCAUUUGCUCAAGACUUUAGCAAAGCAAUGUCUCAAGGUGGCACCUCCCAAUUCCAAGAAGUCAUUCGACAAGAGUUGGAAUUAUCAGUAAAGAAGGAACUAGAAAAAAUACUCAGAACAGCACCUCAAAAUGAAUCUGAGCAUACCAAGAAAGACCUUGAAGGGUUUCAGAAGCUGUUCCACAGAUUCUUGCAAGAAAAAGGACCUUCUGUGGAUUGGGGAAAGAUUCAGCGGCCUCCAGAGGAUUCAAUUCAGCCAUAUGAAAAGAUAAAGGCAAGGGGCUUACCUGACAACAUCUCUUCUGUCUUGAACAAACUGGUGGUGGUUAAACUCAAUGGUGGAUUGGGUACCAGUAUGGGCUGUAAAGGCCCCAAAAGUCUCAUCAGUGUGCGGAAUGAGAAUACUUUUCUGGAUCUAACAGUUCAGCAGAUUGAGCAUUUGAACAAAACCUAUAACACGGACGUUCCACUUGUGCUGAUGAACUCCUUCAACACCGAUGAAGAUACGAAGAAAAUUCUACAGAAAUAUAGCCAUUGCCGGGUGAAAAUCUAUACCUUCAAUCAAAGCAGGUAUCCUAGAAUUAAUAAAGAAUCCCUCCUGCCUGUAGCAAAGGAUGUAUCUUUCUCAGGGGAAAAUACAGAAGCCUGGUAUCCUCCAGGCCACGGUGACAUUUACGCCAGUUUCUACAACUCGGGUUUGCUUGAUAAUCUUAUAAAAGAAGGCAAGGAGUACAUUUUUGUGUCCAACAUUGAUAAUUUAGGUGCCACCGUCGACUUGUAUAUUCUUAAUCAUCUUAUGAACUCGCCUAAUGGAAAACGCUGUGAAUUUGUCAUGGAAGUUACAAACAAAACAAGAGCAGAUGUGAAGGGCGGGACACUCACCCAAUAUGAAGGCAAACUGCGGCUGGUGGAGAUAGCCCAAGUUCCAAAAGCUCAUGUUGAUGAAUUCAAGUCUGUAUCAAAAUUCAAGAUAUUUAACACAAAUAACCUAUGGAUCUCUCUCUCGGCUAUAAAAAGGCUACAGGAGCAGAAUUCCAUUGAUAUGGAAAUCAUUGUUAAUCCAAAGACCUUGGAUGGAGGCCUGAAUGUCAUUCAGCUGGAGACAGCGGUCGGGGCUGCUGUUAAGAGUUUUGAAAACUCUCUAGGGAUUAAUGUUCCUCGGAGUCGUUUUCUGCCUGUCAAAACCACCUCAGAUCUUCUGCUCGUGAUGUCUAACCUGUACAGCCUUAAUGCAGGAUCCUUAACAAUGAGUGAAAAGCGGGAAUUUCCGACAGUGCCCCUGGUGAAAUUAGGCAGCUCUUUUACAAAGGUUCAGGACUAUCUAAGGAGGUUUGAGAGUAUACCAGAUAUGCUUGAACUGGAUCAUCUUACAGUUUCAGGAGAUGUGACGUUUGGCAAGAAUGUUUCAUUAAAGGGUACUGUAAUCAUCAUUGCAAAUCAUGGUGAUAGAAUCGACAUCCCACCUGGAGCAGUAUUGGAGAACAAAAUUGUGUCUGGCAACCUUCGAAUCCUGGACCACUGAAGUCCAACUACGUACUCCAUGUGCUAAACUGUUUCUCAGUGGAAUAAUCUGUAGGAUUCAGAAAUAGAUGCCCAGGUCUAUGCUUUGUCAUCCACUAUUUCCCUGUACCUGCAGUAUUAACUUUUAAAAGUUUUCUGCAAUAUGCUUUUAGUUAAAGAAAAGCACAGAUGGACGUUUUGGAAGCAAUACUUUUUCCUUCUUUGAAGAGAUUCUGUAAGUCAUUUAAUCUUAAAGUGCAAUAUUGUUUGUCUUAAAAGAAGGGGUGGAUAUACUGAAAUAACUACGACAGAGGUCUAGCUCUAGUGUCCAUUUUGAAUUGCUUGUACCUUCAAAAUAAAGAUGUGAAGCAAUAUAUAUUUAUAUACACCAGUGAACACUUUACAUAUACUUCAUAAAAUUGUCAGUGGCAGUUUCUGUAGAAAUGAAGGUUUUGGCUACUGCGGAAGUUAAGUGUAAAGGGUCGAUAGCCUGGUACUUAAAUGCUCAUUGCUUAUCCUCCUACUAAACUUUUAUACUUUCAUUUCUUAAGGAAAAUAAUCCUGCCCCCUUGUCACUGCUUCAUGAAAAUGGGCUGAGGGCACUUACAUACCUCGUUUUCAGCACACGCAAGUUUAUUUGCCAUUCCUACUUUUCCAAGAGUCGUAUUUAGACAGAGCUUCAUGUGAGUUUUCUGCUUGAUUUGGCUCUGUAAGGAGGAAAGGUGGUUGGUCGGGUGGGGAGAGAUUGUGGCCCGUCUUCUUACUGUGGUGUAUGGGCUUAUGUGUUUUGGUUUUUGUUCUGAGAGCCUCAUCCAAAAAAAAAAAAAAAAAUCAGUCCAGUUCUGUGUUCAUUAUGGAAAAAAAUUAAGCCACCAACUAGAUGUGAGCAAGUGACUUUUAAUAAGUUUGCAAAUCUGCUGGCUGUUAAAUUGAGUCCUUUGCCCUAACCAAUUAUUUCCUGAUUUCUCCAGGCUUGUGUUUAGCAUAGUCUACUCACUUUCAAUUUCACAGCAGUGCUGCUUGAUUGUAUUGUACUAUUAAAAUAAGUUGGUCUUUAAAA